AUCCCCGAAUGCGUUUGCAAGUGGUCAUCCGACUCCACCAAUGAUGUUGACGCUCUUCGCCGGAGGCGGGACUUCCGGCUGCCCGUAUAAACGAACUGAGGCCUCCCCAUGCGGUUUUGAUCUGAAGGUGGACUUGCAGCUAACGCAGUAAAAGACAUAAUGGCAGAGAACGACGUUGACAACGAGCUGCUCGACUACGAGGAGGACGAGGAGCCACAAGGGGCCCCCGAGAGCGCAGCGCCCGCCGGCAAGAAGGAGGUGAAGGGCUCCUACGUCUCCAUCCACAGCUCCGGCUUCAGGGAUUUCCUGCUCAAACCAGAGCUGCUCCGCGCCAUCAUCGACUGUGGUUUUGAGCAUCCGUCUGAAGUGCAGCACGAAUGCAUCCCACAAGCCAUCCUGGGCAUGGACAUCCUGUGCCAAGCCAAGUCUGGUAUGGGCAAGACGGCCGUGUUUGUGCUGGCCACGCUGCAACAGAUUGAACCCGUUGAUGGGCAGGUGUCUGUAUUAGUCAUGUGCCACACCCGAGAGUUGGCCUUCCAGAUCAGCAAAGAGUAUGAGCGUUUCUCCAAGUACAUGCCCACGGUAAAGGCGGCUGUGUUUUUUGGCGGCCUGGCCAUGAAGAAGGAUGAGGACGUGCUGAAGAAGAACUGCCCUCACAUUGUUGUUGGAACACCGGGCCGCAUCCUCGCUCUCAUCCGCGCAAAGAGCCUCAGUCUGAAAAACGUGAAGCAUUUCGUCCUUGAUGAGUGUGACAAAAUGCUGGAGCAGUUAGACAUGAGGCGCGACGUACAGGAAAUCUUCAAGAUUACACCCCACGAGAAGCAGGUCAUGAUGUUCAGCGCCACCCUGAGCAAGGAUAUCCGACCAGUAUGCCGCAAGUUCAUGCAGGACCCCAUGGAAGUUUUUGUGGACGAUGAGACCAAACUUACACUCCAUGGCCUGCAACAGUACUACUGCAAGCUGAAGGACAGUGAGAAGAAUCGCAAGCUCUUUGACCUCCUUGACGUGUUGGAGUUCAACCAGGUGGUGAUCUUUGUCAAGUCAGUGCAGCGGUGCAUCGCGCUCUCCCAGCUCCUGGUGGAACAAAAUUUCCCUGCCAUUGCCAUCCACAGGGGAAUGGCUCAGGAGGAGAGGCUGUCUCGCUAUCAGCAGUUCAAGGACUUCCAGAGGCGGAUCUUGGUGGCAACUAAUCUGUUUGGCCGAGGGAUGGACAUCGAGCGGGUCAAUAUCGUCUUCAACUACGACAUGCCGGAGGAUUCUGACACCUAUUUGCACAGGGUUGCCCGUGCUGGUAGGUUUGGAACCAAAGGCCUGGCUAUAACCUUUGUGUCUGACGAGACCGAUGCCAAGACUCUGAACGACGUGCAGGACCGCUUUGAGGUCAACGUGGCAGAGCUGCCAGACGAGAUCGACAUCUCCUCUUACAUCGAGCAGUCCAGAUGAGUCCCCCAGCCGAGCAGACGUCGUCUCUUCGUGGAUCUUUGAGUCUUGUAUUUGGAAUUAGACAUACUUCACUGUUGAUUUGAAAGCUCUGUAGGUUCCCUGUGUUCACCAAACAUUUAUUUUUAUUGUCAAUUUUGGGAAAGGGGGUGGGGGGGGAUGUGUGUGGGCAAUUUUUAAUUUGUCUUUUAUUGUUUGUUUUAUGCUCAAUGGAAUUAAAACUUUUUAUAAAAUGCCAUUUUUACUAUUGUGGUCUCUUUUGAGGCUAUUCUUGUCUCUACCACAUUUUCAUUGAUCUCAGUCCUGAGCAGAAAUAAGUCCAGAGAGGCAUUUCUCAAAACAAAAUGGAUUUUUAGCCCCUUUUUUAAUGUUAAAACUAGUUGUUUAGGUGUCUCUUUCCCUCCCUCCCUAUUGCAACAAAGUUGAGCUUUAGAAAGCAAACCUGUAAUCAUGUAGUGACAAAUGAUGACGACACGAUUUUGGCUCAUAUGGCAGCUCUGUUUUGAUUUCCAAUUGAAUGCCCCCAAUAAAGUCAGUUUCAAUACAAGCAUGUCAUUAGCACACUGUAUAAUCAAAUAAUCAUUUAUGUAUCUGUUGUUAUUUUGUUUUUAGGUAUUAAAAAACACUUCACACACAACUACAAUGACAAAAUGUCAUUAAUUGUAUGUAUUCUUGUAAAAGCAGAAAUCAAUGUCACUAAAAGCUAGAGCCCGGCCAACAAUUUGAGCCUUUAAAUAUGCAUUUAUGUUUACAUCUUAUGUAAAAUAAAUGUUAUAUGUUCUA